AAUUGAAGAGAGAAAAAUCGAUUAUCCAAUAAUCGAGAAAAAAAAAUCGAGCUCCGAUUAAUCGAGUCAACAUCGCCCAUCCAGCCCAUCACUGUAUAGCUGUUAGCUGUUUCUGUUUCGUGACGAGUACGAAUCAAGUAUGAAUGACAGCCUACGACGAACAGUACGAGCCUACCCGUAAUUCGUAAUACACCCAGGCAUACACGAGAUAUAAUGUUUUAAAAUGGCGGACUCGAAUGAAAGGUUGUUGGCAGAACUUCUAAGAAAGCCAGGAAAUAACGAAUGCGCAGAUUGCGGAGCAAAAAAUCCAGAAUGGGCUUCCUACAAUAUUGGAAUAUUUCUGUGCACAAGGUGUGCUGGUGUGCAUCGUUCUAUGGGAGCUCAUAUUUCCAAAGUAAAACAUCUAAAACUAGAUAGAUGGGAGGAUUCUCAAGUCACAAGAGUCAGAGAAGUGGGAAAUAUCGCUGCAAGGGUUUUUUACGAAGAGCGGGUACCUUCGUGUUAUCGCAGGCCGAACCAAGAUGCACCUCAAAUUUUGGUCGAACAAUGGAUAAGAGCAAAAUACGAGCGCGAAGAAUUUUGUCAUCCGGAGCGACAAAAUCAAUAUGUAUCAGGAUUUAUGGAAGGAUUUUUAAUGAAACGAGGUAAAGAAGAUUCCCGCUAUCACCCUCGUAAAUUUGUUCUUUCAGAGGCGGACGAUACUCUAAAGUAUCACGUGAAAGAAAACAAAGACGCGAAAGCUGUGCUGAGAAUAUCUGAAUUGAAUGUAGCAUUCGCACCACCAAAAACGGGCAAUCAAAACAGUUUGCAAAUAUCAUUUAUGAAAGAUGGUACGACGCGACAUAUCUAUGUUUACCAUGAAGAUCCGGAAAUAAUAACAAACUGGUAUCUUGCGAUAAGAUGCGCAAAGCUCCACAGACUUCAAGUCGCUUAUCCCGGGGCUACAGAGACAGAAUUAUUGUCUCAAUUAACGAGAGAUUUUUUGAGGGAAGGGUUCUUGUGGAAAACUGGCCCAAGACCAUCCGAUGCGUAUAAAAAAAGAUGGUUUACUCUCGAUGGACGGAAACUAAUGUAUCACGACGAUCCAAUGGACGCUUAUCCCAAAGGUGAAAUAUUUCUUGGCCACAGUAGCGAUGGUUUUUCUGUCCAAAUCGGUGUCCCGCCGGGAGCGAAAGAUCAAGGAUUCUCGUUUACUCUCGAAACGCCCGAUCGAAAUUUUCUUCUGUCGGCACAGAGCGAGGAUGAUAGAACACAGUGGAUGAACGUUAUACAAAAAGUACUUGACAAACCGCUUACGCCACAAGAUGCUACUGUGGCAGCACGUCUCGUACGAAAACGCACAGCAAGUGGUACGAUGAAUAUAUUUUCAUCGGCGAGGUAGGGCUGGUCCCCUACACGAAAAAUAAUGAACUGCCCAUCCUAAUUGCCACUGGAGCAUCAUCUAUUAAAAAAUAUGAAGAUCGAAGUUUCGAGGAAAUAGGAAUGAUUAAAAAAUUGUCGAGUACAAGACAUUACGAUAAAAAAGACGUACCAAAUAUUCGUUUCAAUGGCAAAUUCCAUUGGUUCAAUAUCUUGGAAAAAAAAGUAUCAACGAUGAAUCGCACAACAAUCGUGUCUCGUUCAUCGUGCUAAUAAAAAAAGUUCAUUGUAUUACGGGAAAAAUAGGAAACGACACAAGACUGGUAUGAAAUUGUAAAUUGCCGAUAAAUUGUAAACGUCCGAAGCGUUGUCAAUAAUUUGACAAAUUUCCAACAGUUGUUUAUUAAUCAACAAUCAUUUAUAUUCUUUUUAAUGAUAUAUCAUACCGGGACGAUCGUUAAUCGUACUUUUCUUUUUCUCAAUUUAAUCCAAUACUCAAUUUCAGUAGUUGAUACGAUAGCAAUUGGACGGUUAUGUCGAAUCACUCUCCACGAUGACUGAUACCUUUUGUUCGACAGUACGUUACGGAACAUAAGAAACGAUUACUGAAAAAUAUUCGGUGGAUCGAAGCAACACUUAUUAAAAAGAACAUAAUUAUUAUGAAAAUAAACUUGACGAUGCUGACAGUCCGCGAGAAUUUUUCUCGCAACUUGUAUAUAGAUAAUCAUAAUAAUGAUCAAGGUAUCAAAGGGCCUACCUCGGAUCUGUGUUCUGUGCAGUAAGAAGUUAAAAAAAAAGAAAUUAAAAAAAACACGUUCGUGAAUGACGAUUAGAAUAAAGGAAUGACGAGAGGAAUAAAAGAACAAAAAUGUACACGCCGUAUUUGAUGCGUGUUGUUUUAUGCAUCGUUGACAUACGAGAUUUACGACUGAUCUAAUAUAGAGAUUUCUAAUGCUAAAUAUUAUGUAAGUAAUGGAAAGAAACGAAGUAUCACCACUGAAUCGUGGUUCGAAAAACAAACGGUAUAAGAUCGGUAGCGACGAAACGACGAGUAAAAAAUUUGACAGUUAUGAACAAUAAUAAUGGAACAAUUUUUUUUCUUUAUCACGUUGACGACCGAGACCGAGAAAGGAACCAUGACGAAUAGGCAAUUUCUUAGCGAUGUUUAAGAUAUAUGUAACUGUUCGUCACCGAUCUUGUCACUAAUCAGAAAGUUUAUAUUUCUAAAUCCCAAAGAGAAUCGCAAAUAUUUUAAUGGCUUGUAGCUUGAACAAAAAGAAAACACAUUAUUGAAAUACAAUCUCUUCAAAGAGACGUGACUAUCUUAUGAGCUACGACUACAGGACACAAAAGUAAUCGUUUGAGAAUAUUACUGUUGUAGAUUUUCUUUUUUUUCAACUAAGAUCAACGAUCACUGGCGUUACCGAAGAUUUUAGUAUUUCUUGCAUACUAUUGAAGGACCGAUGUUUACCGAGACUGAUAGUUAAAAUCAACUAUUUUCGACAAGCUUUUAAUCUGUUUGGAGCAUUAUUAGCAUAAAUAUUUAUUCAUCGUGCAAUAUUUUAUGAUAGAGGAAAAAAUAGAAAGAAAGUCAAUCAGUAUUUAUUCAAUGAAAAUUUUCCUGUAUCGUCUCGACCAUGAAAAAAUGAUAAUUUUCAUCACAGCAAUAGCGUAUUUUACUUAAUACUUUUGUCGAAAAACGAAAUGUCUGGACUCGGUUCGUCAUUCUCAUUUGGUUUUAUCUUGUAUGUAUAAUAUUACUUUUAAAUUUUAUCCCUUGAUUUUUACAUGUCACAGUUAGCAUUAAAGUGGAUUAAGCUCAAAUUGAACGAAACAAAAAAAGUAUAGUUUAAUAAAACGAUGUUUUAGGAAACAGAGAGUAUUCGGCAGAAAACACACGGGACUUAAUGUCACGGCGAGUCAUGACAAAAGAUACAUUAUUUUCAAUGAGACUGCCCCUUACGAUGUCGACAAUCGCACUGACAAUUUGUCCACUCAAAACCACGUUAACCACGUUUAGUGCUGACGGCUAGCCCGUGUGUCUUCCGCUUUCUUUUCGAAGUAGCUUUUUAUCGAUAUCGGAAUGGUUAAUCGCGAUAUAAGCCUGAACAUACAUUGUUAAUUAUCACAGGAAAUAAUCUGUUGGAAAUAAAAUGGAGAGCAAAAAAUGA